ACUAGAAACUCCACCAUCUGCUGUCCUAUGUUGAGUUAUAUCAUAUUGCUAAUUAAGUGCUUGACGAAAUGGCCUUAACCAAGUCCUCAAAACUCAUGUUCACGGUGGUUUUCGUGGCGGUCGUGUUCCUCCUAUCUUCUCAGCUAGCUUUUGCUGCUCCUCAUGAUUUCAUUCCCAAGCCUAUGUUAGGACGGAAACUUCUUCAAUAUCCUCCUUAUAACGGCGGAGGUUAUGGAUUCCCUCCUACACCUCCUUAUCCGCAACAACCAUAGGUAGAAGAAACGAAAGUCCCCAGUUGAAAUGGAGUGCCCUAUGAGUUUAUAUAUAUAGUCUCUGCUUAAUUAAUUUCUUUAAGUUUGUAAGAGGAAGAUAUAGAAUAAGAUGAGGGGUAGGACCAAAUAUUAGUAUGAAUUGGCAUGUGAUUUCAUUAGUUAUGACUUAAUUACCAUGUAAUAUCGUUGGUGUCAAACCAACUUCUGCUUUCUGUGUUUCCUGUUUUCCAUUGUAAUAUUUCAUAAAUAAAUUGAAUAAUCAAUC